AUGGUGCCCGGGGGCUGCUCUCUGGUGAUCGAGCCUGGUACCUCUGCAGGGCCACCCCUCCCUCCCCAUCCAGCAGAGAGGCCUCCAUGUCGGAACAGUGUCCGUGGGGGCCGGGGGGCCAGGGCAGCAGGAUGGCCAGGGGGUAAUGGGAUAUCAUGGUGCCCCAGCGGCUCAGUGGCAGGUAGGCUGGUCAGUGUGAUGAGUGACCAUCAGUCAGCGUCCAGCUCUCCUGACUGCCCUCAGUGCCCCCAACACAUCCUGACAGGGGCAGAGGCAGCCGUGUCCUACUCCCAGUUCUGUGAAGCAUUUGGCUUCCCCAUGGGGCCCUCGGGCGCCAGGGCCCUGCUGCUGUUCUAUGAGCUAUGGGACCCCAGUGGGACCUUAGUGCAGAGGGGCCAGGCUAGCAACUGUCUUGCACAAGGUCAACACCCUGAGCCCCUGCUGUUUGACCAUCAGGGCUACUUGUCCUCAGUACUAGAAGUGUAUGAGGAAGUGAGCUACAUCAUACUGUACUGUAACUACACUCCGUGCCAGGAAUGUUCCCAGACCCUGAUCUCCUUCUUGCUGCACUAUCCCUGGGUGCACCUGGACCUGCUCUUCUCCCAGCUCUACCACACAGCCCCCAGCCAGACCCACAGUCUGGACAACCAAACAGGCCUCCGCAGCCUGGCUGCCCUCUGGCCACGACUCACCCUCAGCCCCAUCUCUGGAGCUGCUUGGGGGCAUCUGCUAAGGUGUUUUGUUAGAGAUAUCCCACCGUCGGCCCUACAGCUCCCCCUGCUGCCUGAGAGGGUAGAGGCGGACAGGGUUAAUGCAAUUCACAUAUCAGCUAUUACAGGCAUAGGCCCUGCCUUUUUGGACCUCCCACUGAGGACAUACACAGAGCCUGUGGAGAGAACCCACACUCCCCAAGCGCUCACCCUGCUCCCUCCCCCACACCUGAACACAUCCAUGCGCAUCUCCACACCCCACCCUCGGGUAGUUCAUGCCCCCCUCCCAGCCUAUCUUCACCCUAUCAAUGUGGUCAGACAUGUCAGGAUGCCUCCACCUUGGAGGGGUCAACCCCAAUCUCCUCCCUCUUCCUCUGGGUUCUUCUCCCCCCUGCUCUCUCUGCGGCUGCCUGGGCGGCUGGUGGAGAUAGUGCGGGAGGUAGAGAAGGAAGUGGGAACAGCAGUCAGUCAGUCCCAGCACAGAGACUCGAAAAGAGGAAGAAGAUCCAGAAGAAAAUAG